GCGCGCGACACGACGCGACGGUCAUUCGUUGCAGUCGUUUGGUUGCAGCGUCGCGAGAGUUCGUGGUUCGAUCUAAGCGAGCCACGAACGAACGGGGGCCGCGCGCGGACAGGCGUUCACCAGGUGGCGACUGCGUCCAAGAGUCACCGUGAUCAGGUUGAUCAGGCGACUUGUAGGUACGUUGAGAGAUUGCAAAUCUAUCGAGUAUCACAUUUCGCCACAUGUCGAAUAGUUGAAAACGGGGAAAGAUAGAAACGCGCAUCUUCGCGGACCACCUUCGCCGCCACUUGGCACGCGUCGUUCGCGGACCGUCAGUCUCGUUGGUACGUUCUCCCUCCCUUUCUCUCUCUCUCUCUCCCUCCCAACUUUCUGUUUUUCUUUCUCCUUUUCUCUUCCCUAGAGACGUGUGUGAGAAGAGAGCCCCGUCCCGUAAACCCCGUUGGCCGUGCGAACUGCGAGAGUUGUACGUACGGGGACGGGCAAACUGCAGCACGCAACUUUCUCUGUACCCUGAAUCGAAGAGCAGCCGUCGCCUGCAAAAGGAGCAUUACGUCACGCGGUCGUUGACAAUCGUCGAGUAUCGUCGUGACACACGAGUGACGAGCGUGGUGAAGCGGUCGGUUGAAGCCAGCUUGCGCGCUCGCAUCCUCUGGUACUGUGUGUGUAAUACAUUUCCACCUCCGUCACGUCGUGUGUACGCGCGUCCUUCGCGUUUUUACCGAGAGAUUAUCUUGGAGCCUGAGCUGUAGUCUCGCUCAUCAGUCGCGAGACAGCGUCUCACUUCUGUCGCGAGCCGCGAUUAAAAGUCACACGCAGUCUUCGAGUUGAAUCGUGUCUCGCGUGUCGUACGUUCGCCCACUUUGCAUUCCAACUAGUUUGAAUAUAACCUAAAAGCCUUCGUGAAUGUUGAUAGUUUUCGCAGUCCUCGCGACCUCCUUUUCCUCCUUUUCCCUCUCCUUAUCCUUUGCCUCCUCGUCCUCAUCUUCAAUAUCUUUACCUUCAUUUUUAUCUCCAUCAUUUUCAUCCUGUUCACUUUACCCACAUCCUCAUCUUCGUCUCUUUUCUCCAUCUCGUUGCGUUCGUCGUCUGCGUCAUCUCGCGAGAAAUCACGCGUUGCCGUCGAACGUAAAAGCGUCGCAUAAGUAAAUAGACAGCAGCAGCAGCGACAGCUGCGGUCGCACCCACUCCCGAACCCGCAUAUCCGUACAUCCGCGUGUCCGUGACAUCCACGGACGAGAAAACGGAUCUUUUCGACGUCAAGCGGUCAUCGGGAAAGUAGUCAAAAUUCCGGUCCCUACUAGAAAACGAGAGAGCCUCCAACAAACCGGCGGCAGAAAUCCAUCGGCGAUUGACCAACAACUGUCGGGCAAAAUGAACAACAAGAGGAAGAACCGUACGAACAAUAACAGGUACUGCCAAUCACUUGGCUUUCCUCGUCAAGAUCAUACUAGCAGAUCUCCACGGGCACGUGGGCCGCAAGAGAGAUGCGUCACGGCCGAGGGAGUUUAUAACAAUGCUCAUUUUAUGCAUGCAGUCACUAGCCACGUUGGCAACAUAGUGCAGAUUCAAACUCAAAAUGGUUCGGUGUACGAAGGCGUAUUUAGAACAUUUUCGAGUCAAUUUGACGUAGUGCUGGAGAUGGCUCAUCGUGUGGAGAGCUCGGGAAAGAUUAGUGUAGAUAGCGUAGUAGAGAAAUUAAUUUUUAAACCACAAGACGUUGUUACUAUAUCUGCCAAGGACGUUGAUUUAGAUUAUGCUAUAAGAGAUACUUUCCAAACGGAUACAGCCAUUAGUAAGUUUAAUGGUUUAAUCGGCGAAAAGGAACUCGAACCUUGGGAUCCACCGACUACCAUGAACGGGGCUGAUUUAGAAUUGGAUGGUGCUGCUAAUGGUUGGGACGUGAAUGAAAUGUUUCGUAAAAAUGAACAAGAAUAUGGAGUUCAAACAACGUUUGAGCCUUCCUUGGUUGGUUAUACUCUACAACUACAACGUAAAGACACAAAGGAUUAUAAGGAACAGGAACAAAAGGCUGCUGAAAUAGCAAAUGAGAUCGAAUCUCAACCAAAUCAUAAAGCUAGAUUAGAACUGGAAAAUGGCGAUGAGGAGGAAAGAUUUGCAGCUGUGACGAGACCCACCGAAGGAAAAUAUAUUCCGCCACCGUUAAAAAAGAAAAAUGGUAACACUAACAAACUCAUGAGAUCCAGUGAGCCUCCGUCUUCGCCAGGAACCACAAAUAAUAAGAAUGUCUACAGUCAACCUUCUCCGUCCACGGCCAAUGUAAAUGUCCCACAGCCGAGCAUGUCGGUCGGAGUACAGCCUGCUCAUACAUCGGUGCAACACUCGGUAUCCCUAAAUAUGAGUAUGCCGCCCAACGGAGUGGUUGUUACAUACAGUAAUCCACCACCGCCGUUUGUACCUCCACCAACGACGCAGUCACAGCAAGUAAUCCAGCAGAAUCAGUCACAAUCUCAAGUUACUCCUUCGAUGCCGCAAGUAAGCUUUCCGGCACAACAACAGACACCUCCGAGUAAAAUAAAUACAGAGAAACGUGAGCGGCCUGGCAGACAGCAAGUUUAUCAAGCUGAUAAAGCGCCACCAGCGCCUUUUCCACAAUCAAACGUUGCGUCUUCUCAUCAUCAACAUCAGCAGCAACAACAGCAACAACAACAACAACAAUCUACGCAUCAGCAACAUACAUCAUUGACGCAACAGAACUCUGUAGAGGGGCAAAUAGUCAUACAUAAGUCGGAUCAUAGAAAGUUUUACUUUAAGGCUCCAACACCACGAGGAAGAGAAGAACAGCAUUCGGAACUGAGGCAAUUCGCUGCAGAAUUCAAAUUAGCGGAAGCAUCGCAGGGACCACCAGAUACCCCUCAAAUAUCCAGAAAACAGCAUCAGCAUCAACAAGAUGUACAUUCUGUUACAUCACUGAAUCAGCCACAUCAUCAAGGUCCCCAUCAACAUACGAGUCCACCGCAACAACAGCCACCUACACAGCAGCAUACCAGUCCUCAUCAGCAACAUCAAACUGUACAAGAGGAAUCAAUUACCAAUAAGCCACCACCUGGUGCGUUAGUAAGAUCCACAAGUCCACCUCAGCCGCAACAGCAGCAGCAGCAGCAGCAGCAGCAACAACAACAACAACAACAACAACAACCACCACCACAACAACAACAACAACAACAACAACAACCACCGCCACCACAACCACCUCAGACUAAUACUCCGACAGUGCAACAAUCUCCACCGGAGCCCGCGGUCGAUAAGAUAACUACUGCUUUUAAGAAAUCUACUUUAAAUCCAAAUGCUAAAGAAUUCAAUCCAAAUGCCAAACCAUUCACGCCGCGCUCACCAAGCACACCGACGCCUAGUCGACCGCAUACACCACAAACUCCUCAGUAUACAGGAGCGACUAUGCCCGCGACCGUUGUUAUGCCGGCAUACGUAACGCCAACAGCUUUCAGUCAACCACCCGCUCAACAAGUGGCGAGGUUCCGGAAAGUGCCAAUGAUGCAGCAUCGUGCGCCAGAUAUAGCGUCUCAGAUGCAAGUAGCCGCAGCAACGGGACAGCCGUUAUUAGCGCCAGCUAUACAUCCAUUCCAGGUGCCUUAUGCAGGACAACCGGCGUACCAGCAAAUGGUACGAAUGGUCCAGGCACCGCCACCACCGCACAUGGCCACUCCGUACCAUCAUCAUCAUGACUCGCAAGGGCCGCAAGCCCCCGGUAUACAAUAUAUGGGCCCGCACACUCAUCCGCAUCCUCACGUAGCUCAACAGCCACCUAGCCAAACGCCGUCCCCGGCCAAUCCAAAUCAACCACACACCCCGGGCGCUUAUAAUCCACCCGGUACUCCACAGCCUACGUAUCCGCAACCUCCGCCGCAAGGUCACGCGCCGAGUUAUCCGAUCAUGUGCCCUAUAAUUCCAUCACAUAUACCGUCAAUUCCGCCACAACACAUGCAAUACCUGCCACCACAGCCGCCUCCGGGUGCGCAGCAGACUAUACCCGUCAUUUUACCGCACAAUCAGUAUUAUCAGACCGUAAGUUCAACGAACCGGAGAAGAACAUCGCAAACGAUCGGCACCUUCGAUGGCAGACAAAAGAUCAAGACAAUGGAUCAAAUGGGCAAGAAGCAAGCGGCUAACUCACCGGAGGUGGCGUUGGCCAGCGAGAUUUUCGACCAGUUUUGCAACGCCACUACGUUGAAAUCUAUUCUUGGCUACUACAGACAACUAUGCGAAUUGCUGAAAAUCCGACCGAAUGUCAUUAAUCAGUUUUAUCCAAAGCUGAAAACAAAAUUGCGAUCGUGGAAAGCGCAAGCUCUGUGGAAAAAGUUUGAUCAGCGAGCAAAUCACAAGUGUUAUAAUCGUGGCAAAGUAUGCCCAAAUACGAGAGUUUUAAUUAUCGGCGGUGGCCCAUGUGGUCUACGCACAGCCAUAGAAGCGCAAUUACUGGGAGCCAAAGUCGUUGUGGUGGAGAAAAGAGACCGGAUGUCCAGAAAUAAUGUUUUACACCUGUGGCCUUUCGUCAUUCAAGAUCUACGUGGUUUAGGAGCGAAAAAAUUUUUCGGAAAGUUUUGCGCAGGUUCUAUAGAUCACAUCAGCAUUCGACAGUUGCAGUGUAUUUUGCUAAAGGUUGCUCUAAUUCUUGGUGUCGAGUUCCACGAGAACGUAAGCUUUGAUUCUCUGAUUCAACCACCGGAUAAUCAGGAAGACGGCAAGAUUGGUUGGAGAGCGAAGACUUCACCACCUGACCAUCCUGUUUCCCAAUACGAGUUCGAUGUGCUAAUUGGAGCUGAUGGCAAGAGAAAUACCUUAGAAGGUUUUAAACGGAAGGAAUUUCGAGGAAAAUUAGCCAUCGCCAUUACGGCGAAUUUUAUAAACAAACGUACCGAGGCAGAGGCUCGUGUAGAAGAGAUCAGCGGUGUCGCCUUUAUCUUUAAUCAAAAAUUCUUCAAAGAAUUGUACCAAGAAACUGGUAUCGACUUGGAAAAUAUCGUGUAUUAUAAAGAUGACACGCACUAUUUUGUUAUGACUGCCAAGAAACAUAGUUUAAUCGACAAAGGAGUUAUCCUGCAGGAUCAUGCUGACACUGCAAAACUACUCGCGAAAGAAAACGUGGAUCGCGAGGCGCUGAUGUUGUACGCGCGAGAAGCGGCGGAAUUCUCGACAGAAUAUCAAAUGAUGGAUAUGGAAUUUGCAGUGAAUCACUAUGGCCAACCGGACGUAGCCAUGUUCGACUUUACUUCGAUGUAUGCGGCGGAAAAUGCUAGUCGCGUAUUGGAGCGUCAUGGGCACAGAUUACUCAUGAUCCUUGUAGGCGACAGCCUCUUGGAGCCGUUUUGGCCUACCGGCUCUGGUUGCGCAAGAGGAUUUCUGAGCUCUUUGGAUGCAGGCUGGGCAAUCAAAGGUUGGGGCGCUUUGUUGUCACCGUUAGAAGUAAUUGCGGAGCGUGAAUCCAUAUACAGGCUAUUAGGCCAAACGACACCAGAGAAUUUGAAUAGAGAUUACGCUGCAUACACUUUGGAUCCUCAUACUAGGUAUCCGAAUCUUAAUGUACGUUCUGUAACUCCGAUACAAGUGCGUAGUCUUCUCGACACAGACGAUCCUGAAAGCAUCAUACAGCCUACGAUGCAGUCAGAGAUUGAUAUUCCAAAGAAACGAAGACGUCGCGAUCUGAGAGCUGACAGUCAAGUUCAUCCAGACACAUUGCUUCGCUGGCUGCAAAAGCAAGUUGCAUUAUACGAUAAAGUUCACAUCGAAGACAUGGGUGCCUCUUUCAAAGAUGGUUUAGCUAUUUGUGCAAUUGUUCAUAGAUACCGUCCAGAUUUAAUAGAUUUUUAUAGCUUAAAUGCGAAAGAUGUAGUGAAAAACAAUCAACUCGCCUUUGAUACCCUGGAAAAGGAAUUGAACAUACCGCCGAUAAUGACAGGAGAAGAAAUGCUUCAAUGCGAUGUUCCUGAUACACUUGCCAUGUUUUCUUACUUAACCCAAAUAUAUGAAGUUUUCAGAGGCGAGAUUCCAUAUGUCAAACAUCCAAAAUUAGAACCAGAAGCAGAAGAAUGCAUCGGACAUCCAAAGCAACUGAAACAAUGGACAUCUGAGGAAAAGGCUACGAAAACACGGUACUCGCGCUCACGAUAUGCUAAUGAAAAUGUACACUCUCACACGGAUAAAAAGGACAAUACGGUUAGCCGGCGUUCUCGAAAGAGACGGAGUACCGAGAAAGUAGGCGCGACGAUGGAUGAAAGGCAGAAAAGACUCGAUGAGAUUGAAAAUUAUCGAACUGAGCGCAUGAAGAAGCGGCAAUAUUUGCGUAAGAUGGCAACCCAGCAGUUCUACAAAAGUAUGCAGAUGCUGCAAGCCAAUGCAAAACGCGAGAAAGAUGAGCCCUUUGAGGAUUACUCGAUUUUUUUAUACCGUCAAACUGCACCAGAUUUCAAGGAUAGAGUAAAAGAUUUAGAGCAGAAAAUACUUUAUCCAGACAGACAAUCUAAAAUACACAUUGGUUACCAAAGAGAUAGUGUGGAUGAAGAAUUCUCAGGUAGGAUAAAGGAUUUUGAAGAUAAACUGAAAGGAACAUCUUCCGAAAAAAAACCUAGAGAUCUUUUACGUGCUAUUGGUAAAAUUGAGAAAACUGAUUGGAACGUGAAAGAAAUUGAGAAGAAAAUCGAAGAGAACAAGAUGGGCCGCAGCGUUCGUCACGAACGUGUCGAGAAAGUGCCCAAGUGGAGUCGCGAGCAGGUUGGCAAAGAAACGCUCAAUAGCGAUGGCAUUCUCGCACUUUUUCAGAUGUGUAUAUGUUUCAUUCAGUUUUUAGCUCGGCAGAUCAAGAUGGAGAAGCGAGGCAACGAUCAAAGGGACAACUACAGUAAGUACGCUGACAUAGACAAUACCCUGAAGAAUAUAGGCAAGAAGAUCAGGGAAGGUAGCGCGCUCGGAUACAAUAAAGUUUCAGCCAUGGCUGAACAAUUUUCGAAUAAAAGUCAGGAUGUGGAACCCAAGCUGCAAAAAUCGAACACUAAGCCUGCUAUCGUGUUACCUGUGCAAGGAGGUUCAGAGAUGUGCCAUUUUUGCAACAAAAGAGUUUAUCUUAUGGAAAGACUUAGUGCAGAAGGCAAAUUUUUUCACCGCGGUUGUUUCCGGUGUGAAUAUUGUUCCAUCUCGUUAAGAAUAGGAAAUCAUACAUUUGAUCGAGAGAAAAAUGGUGGACGCUUUUAUUGUACGCAACACUUUGGACUAUCGGGAACGAUGAAAACUAGAGCAGAGAAAAAAAGGAUCCACUUGGUGAAUAAAGAAAAUGUACCUAAUGCCGCGGCUACAUUAAAAACACCGGAAAAGGCCAAAACGUCCUUAGAAGGCAUUGUUGGACUUGAUUUACUCGAUCGUGGUCAAACGCCGGAAAGAAUUGAAUUUGAAAAUCUAGCAGAAAUAUCAGAUCCUGAGGAAGGUCACAGUCAAAUGGAUGAAGAUGAAUGGACAGACAGAAAUUUUGGUGCUUCUACCGCAGAAAUGGGAUCCAGUGAUGAUAUUUCUGAUAUGAGUGAUUCUGAUGAGGAUAAUGAAGCAUUUGAGGAAGCUAUAGAUCAACCACUUACAACUGAAGGAACUCUCGAGUUAGCUAAGAAUUGGACAUUGCGCUAUUCACAUCCACAUGCUACAGUCGGACAAUCUGACACCGGCAGCAACGAAUAUGAAGAUUCUAGCGAUGAAUACACUAGUGAAGACGAUGAAAGCGGCACUGCAACCGAAGACGAGGAAGACGUACGCGCGCGAGAGCUCCGAAAGCAAGAAGUGUGGUUGAAGGUGCCACCGCGCAACUCUGAUACUGACACCGGUUCGGAAACAGAGGUGAAGCAAUCUAAAGACUCUAUAAGUCCCGAGAGUGUGGAAAAUUCCGCAACCGAGAUCUCAACCGACUCCGAAUUCGAGCACGAUGAAGCGACUCCGACGCAGCACGAGAUUCCCGAGAUUACAAUCAACGAUUCCUAUGUGCGGAAAACGAGAGGCGCUUAUGUUGAACCGAAGAAAGUGCAGGUGAAGAGUAAGAUGAUCUCUUCGAUCAAUGGCAACCUGAUGCAGGACAAGAAACAGCAAGAUAUUAACAGCGAGCGAUUUUUGGAAGGCCGUACUAAGGUGGAAACAACGAACAAAGAAGUAAAUUGCAACGUGCCAGCUUCUGUCGACAAAAAUAAUUGUAUACCAUUGUUAAAUCCACGAAGGGGAGAUUAUCUUCUGAAUCGCACUAACUCCACCGGCGGAAUCGCUUCGAGACUCUCGUUGGAAUUGAAAAAACGUUAUUUACUGGGCGGAUCAGCGUUGGGUGGUUCCGUUGUAAAAUCAGGUUCGGCAUCUAAUGUCGACACGAAAUUGAGGAACUUUACUGAUGCAAUCUCGCAGCAUCAAAAGUUGUUGAAUCCAGCGCCGGAGCCUAGUCCUACCAUGCAAGCAUUUCUUCAAGGUACUAGUAAACUGCGAACCAACAAUGCACCGCUUUCUCCAUUAUCGCCUACAAUUUUAUUUUCGCGACAGUUGUCAGCCGAUCGCCGAAAUUCAUCGAAUGAUGCCGCGAAGCCGACAACCUUGAUAGUAGAAACAUCCAAGGCGCAACAAUUACCUGAUUUAGUGAAAGAAUCCAGUAUCUUGAAAUCGAAAACAGCACCCAACAUCUGCAGUGAAUCUUCGAUGAAAAACAGGGAGUUAAUUGACGAACAAGUACUUCUACAGCAAGCUACUAAUAACUUGACGAAGAAUGUCGUAAAAGAGGAUUUAAAAGGCUCGCAAAGCGCUGAGAAAGUUGUCUUAAACAAUGCGGAGGAAAGUAACGAUUUUAGACCGCGUAGUCCCCUUCAUGAGACGUCCAUUGUCGUGCCGCAAGUGGACUGGAACAAGAAGGACGAGGACAAGGAGGCCAGUUCGGAUGAUUCUGAGAUAGAUAGCGAUUCAUUAUCAUCCUCCGAUUCUAACGGAGCAGUUGAGAACGAUCAGUUUGUUGCUGUAAAUCUUUCGCCGCCUAGAUUACGGAUUCACAGCACCGAUGGCGACCUUUUACUGGAUGAAGGAGCUGAUCGUUACAAACAUUACGAUCCCGACGAUGGCCAGACAUUCGAGCCAGAUUCUAUCGAAGUCUCCUUUCUGCAGGAUCACCGAUUACUCGAUUCAAUCGACAAUACGCAUACUGUUGAAAUGGUAAAUAAUAAUAUGGGACAAUUAGACUUGCGGGAUAAUAACAGAAAGAGCAACUGCAGUAGUCCUACUUCCGAAGCUUCGCCAAUGUCUAAUAAGCAAGAUGAUUCCGAGGAGAACGAUGUUACCACUGCAGCAUUCACUGAGACAGAAUUUUCUGAAUGGGCUCGCGACGGGGAGGCUUUGGUUUCUGAGGACCUUCGCGACGUGGAGCUCGAUAUCGAUUCUAGUUUCAUCACUGUACGAAACAAUGCAAAACUAUCCUCUACACCCGCCAAAAUUGCUAAAGAGGAGGAUAUGGAAAUCGAGUAUUCGAAAAUCGAUCGGGUGAUCGAUCAGGAAUACCCGAACAAUAAUACAUCAAAACUGUUGGUCAACGGCGAAGAUAUUAAUUACAUGGACACGGACAAUGAGUCGCUGCUGGAUGACAGCCUCCAAGAUGCCUCCAAUAUUGCGAUGCUGAAAAAUCGAGGAUAUAUCGAAUUCGUAAAUGUCAAGACGACUCUUUCCAACAUUCCUAUUUCAACUAAUAUGUACAAUCUACCAGUCGCUGAUGCGCCGAUAGCAAGACUCGAUCUAGAAAAUGAUUCAUACGGUGAAGAUGAGGAAGAAGAACAAGAAGGCUUUAAAGACGCCAAUGUGAUCGAGAUCGAUCCAGUUACCAUGGAGGAUGUAAUGGGCAAAUUAGGCGAGCUUAUUGUGAGUAAAUCAUCGAUAGAAAUUCAAUCUGAGGAGCAAGGUGAAGAGGGAUUUAAGGAGAACACGAAACGGGAGCAAUUGGCAGAAGCUUUUAACAAAGAAUUACUUCAGUCGAUGGAAGAAGAUAGUCUGUUACUUGUGGAGCCAGCGGAGGAUACGACUACCAGCGAAGUCGUUACAGUGCUUGCCAGUCCGAUUAAUCCUCAGGUGUCUAUAGUUCCUGCAGAAAUGACAGAAAAGCACGAGGAGUUAGUCAAGGCGGAUUCCAACAAUCCAGACUAUCUGGAAUAUGUAAAGAGAUUGCAAUCUAGAAUCGCAGAGUUUAGCAAUGCCAAGGAUUCUAUUGACGUAAGAAAAUCGAGGCGAAAAAACUCGAAAAGCUUGGCGCAGACGCGUACCGCGGAAAUGAUCGCUGAAGAGAUUAAGUGUCAGGAAACAAUAAGUGUAAAUGGUAACAGUAAUGGUGUCAAUUCCCCGGCGACCUCGAGAAAACUCGAAGAGAUCACGAGAGAACGGUCGAAGCAAAAGAACCUUAUACAGGAUCUUUUAAUGGAUAAACUCGAGGCUCACAAGCAGAAGUCAGCCGAAAAAAGGGCCCGAAGAGCUGCGAGAGCCUCAUCUUUUACCACAGCGCUUUCACCGAUGAAACCUUCAUUAUCUAAUGUUUCUUCCGUUGGUAACAAGUUUGUGCCUACUUCCAUAAUAUCACCAGUAAACAGUCCAACUCGCACAACUUUCGCGGAGGCGAACAAGUCGUUGAAUCUUUCGAUGUCUUCGUGCUGCUCUCGUGAGCAGACCGAUCAAGGAGAAACCAAAGAGAAUCCAAAAAAAAUCCCAAAGAAGGCAGACGAAAAGUCGACUAUUGCUAGUAUAGAGGAUGCUUUUAAAACACCACUUGCACCGCCAAGACUGAAAAGCGAGGAAGCGAGGAGAACCGCCGAAAAGGCCAGACAUGAUGCUCGAGAACGGGCUAGAAUGAAGAGUGACGAAGACCUAGGUUUAAGUCCUGAAGACAGAAUCAAGGAAUUAAGAAUGAGGGUGACCCGGAGACAACUCUCGAUGGAUGAGAUAAAAACGGAUACAAAAAACGAUACGCCGAACGAUACUGAAAGAGUUAAAUCGUACAAUUUUAGCGGAAUAGAUAGUUCAGAGCUGAAAUUACAAAUCAGCCAAAGCACCGAUAAUAUGAAGAAUAUCGCAAAGAAGAUCAAUUUCCAAAAACUGCCAGCGGCUAGCGCGAAAUCGAUGGAUGAGUUGCUGAAUACUGCAGGUUUAUCACUUUCGGAUAAUAAUGGCACGGCAAUCAAAAGGGACAAAAAGAAACCGAAGGAUUCAGAGAGAAGAAAGAGUAUUAUACAGGCGGUGUCAGAUUUCUUCUUCAAGAAGGAAACAAGUCCAUCACCUAAUCAAAAGGACAAACUAUCGAUGUUCCGAUUGACUUCAAAAUCAAAAGGAAAAAAUGAUAAAACUGUUCCAUCAAAAUGCGACACAAGGCCUAAAAGUGUAUGCGAGGAUAUGCUCGUAGGAAAUUUCCUCACUGAAAAUCCACCGCCUGUGCCACCACCACCGCUUAACUACUCUGUAUAUACUACUCAAGUGUCAGAUGAUAGCUUAUCAGAUGAAGAUGCUAAAACAACUACUUUAUCAGCAUCGUGCAUACAAAAAGUUACGGCAACUGAAGAAUCGUGCAAUAAUGUUUCACGUAAAUUAAAGACUGCUAAAAAAGUAGCUAGACAAGCACAGUUAAAGAGAUUGCGAAUGGCUCAAGAAAUACAAAGGAAACUGGAGGAAACUGAAGUAAAACAAAAGGAAUUAGAGAGUCGGGGCGUAAGUGUCGAGAAAGCGCUGCGUGGUGAAGGAGAUUCCUCCAAUCGUGAAGAAGCCGAUUUGCUCAGGGAAUGGUUUGAUCUUAUGAAAGAACGUACCGAAUUACGUAGAUACGAAAAGGAACUUCUAGUGCGUGCGCAAGAGGUUCAAUUGGAAGAUCGUCAUGAACGAUUGCAACAAGAAUUGCGUGAACGGUUGGCUGACGAUGAUGAUAAGAAGACUAGUGACGAUGUUAAAAAGGAAGGAGAAAUCUUGACGGAAAUGUUGGAGAUAGUAACAAAGAGGGAUUCCUUAAUCGCUCUAUUAGAAGAAGAACGACAAAGAUAUCAGAAUGAAGAUCGCGACCUCGAAGCUCAAAUGCUGGCUAAAGGCCUGAGAUUAACACCAAUUAAGAAAUGUGGUCCUAAAUAUUCAGUCUAAGGGAGAUACGCUUCUGUACAUACAUUCUCCGCUACAAUUUUUUAUUGCAUGAUAACACCAGACGAAAGUUAUAUACAUAAAAGAUUGUAAAUAGUUUAGAUGGCAAAGGAAUUUGAAGAAGGUAGGAGACUGGUAUGCCUAGAAUAUUUCUGCCCAUUUAUAAUAUAUUCAAUAUUUAAUAAACAUAUCUUUUUUACAAAUAUAA